GAGCGAUUUUGACUUUUCGAUGGCCAUCCCAAGUUUCGGAGCCUCGGGGAUCGGCGUGCCGUGCACGUCCUCGUCCGGCGUGGGCGGCUGUGCCUCCACGACGGGGCUGACCUACUUCAAGCCCUCGUACGCCGUGAACGUGAACGGGCUCGGGCUCUCCCCGACGCCGUUCGAGUCCCUGCAUUCUUCUAUGUAUGGAUCCGGCUUCGCGGAAGAAGUCUCGCAGUCCGCGUUGAACGCCUGGAUGUCGUGGCGUAUCCGUUUUGCAGCUGCUACUGUUGGAGAAUCUAAUGCGGGAAUGAGGCAAUCCCUCGCCGACUUCCGGCUGGAAAUCGGAUCUAAACCCGUCGUACCUGAAGACGCGAGUCGGGUGCCCCGAAGUUUCGGAUUCCUGAAAAAAUCCCUUUGUUUGUCAGGGAACCCUCGGAAGCAGCGACGCGAGAGGACGACCUUCACCAGGGCCCAAUUGGACGUCCUCGAGUCCCUCUUCGCUCGGACCAGAUAUCCCGACAUCUUCAUGAGGGAGGAGGUCGCCCUGAAGAUCAACCUACCCGAGUCGAGAGUGCAGGUGUGGUUCAAGAACCGCCGGGCGAAAUGCCGUCAGCAGCUAAAGCAGCAACAACAGGGAACGACGGGAACGGAGAAGGUGCGAAACCGGAAGACGACCAAGAGCCCGGCGCCGACCACCACGUCGGUGGCAGCAGAUCACGACCAAUCGGGCUCCGUUUCCCCAACCCCAGCGUCCAAGUCUCCCUCCACCACGGCGGCGACCACGUACAAGGUCCACGCCGCCGCUUCCAUGCCGACCGGGAGUUCGUAUAACACGCUGUGGACGCCGGACCUCCCGUAUGCCCAUGCCCACGCCCACGCCCACGCAUCGCAUCAGUCCUACGCCAACAACUACGGGUCCUCUUAUUAUCCCAACAUGGAGUACUUGGCUGCCUCGCCCUCUAUGACCCACAACCAGCUGGCACCACCCGUUGGAGGAAUGGGAGGGGGAGGGAUGAUGGGGAUGGGGAGACCAGGAGGAAUGCCGUCUGCGGCGGCCACCUCGCCGGAUUUCCUCGACUAUCCCAGCGACAAGUCCCCGAGCACGUGGAAGUACCAGAACUUCCAAGUCCUGUGA